ACGCUUAAGCAGCCGGGCCGCCCAAUCUCUACGAAAACAAAGUACGGUAGACGGAAGAUUGGAGGCGUGGAGCACUUCGACCAAAUUAAAAACGGCUUGUGCGACCGGCGGACUGACGGACUGGGCGUCUUGGUGAGUGCCAAUUGCCGAGGACUGCCGAGUGCCGACUGGUGCGACUUGGGAGGACUGGGCGUCUGGGAAGCGCGGCUGUGCCGCUUGUGCGACGGCUGCGGUCUAUGGACAACGAAGGCGGAGUGGCGGACGAAAUCUUGCCCUUGCUCUAGGAAUCGAGAUAUGGCAAUGCAAGGAACCCCCAAAUUAGAUGCCUUGGGUUACGACAAUUUUCACUUCUGUUGAGUGAUGGCAGGGAGCUUGGUUCAUAGAGCUACUCAUGACGCAGAGAAUCCCCUAGAAGCUUCUCUCAGAGAAGCUUUCAACCUUCACGAAGGUGAUCUACAACCUCCCUUUGCUCUGAAAUCCCUCUCCCAAAAACAGUACUCACGUCUCAAUGACGCCAUUCUGUUCGGCCUUUUGAGUCAACCACAUUCUGUGAAAACCCUCAUUAAGCUCUUGCAUGCUAUCAUCACUGAUGGGUAUAGCUACUUCACUUCUAUGGUUACCAGAUUCAUUGAUGAAUUGUAUGCCAAACUUACUAAUUCCGCAAGGAUUCAGCUAAUUUGGGUUGCUCGUGAAAUGUUUGAUGUGUUGGCUAUAGGGUUUGAUGGAUUACUAGUGUCUCUUCUUCGACAAAUUAUUGGUGGGGAUUUCGGUGAGGGUAAUUUAUGGCUGUGCUCUGAGAUGGUUGGUAUUUUACUGAACAAAUGGGAGAGUUUAGUAGAAGAAGAUCCCUUGGUUUUGACAUAUGGGUUGUAUGUGUUUCUUAGGUUAUUAGCUGAUCAUGGUAGGUUAUCUAAUGAUCCAAGACUAAAAACAUUAAAGAGAUUGGAGACAGAGUUUUGUAUUAGGGUUUUGAGGGAACACUUUGGUCUGUGUUUAAGAAUAGGGAAGGAUCUUGUGAGGCUUUUACAAGAUUUGGUCCACAUAGCUGAGUUCAAGUCCAUAUGGAAAGACUUGUUGUUCAAUCCAGGAGAGUUUAAAGUAAAUGAUUUCAAGUCCAUAGCUCAAAUUUAUGGUUUUAGGACUCCAAGUUUGUACUUUUCACUUAGAAUAACACCCGAGAUGGAAAGAAACUUGAGAUUUUUGCUCACAAAAGUGAAGCUUGGCAACCAAAGGAGGUAUCAGGUCUGGUUUGCUAAAAAGUUUCUUUCUUCGCCUGACAGGGAGACUCUUUUGGUAGACAUUGUGAGGUUUAUCUGUUGCACAUGCCGUUCUUCAAGCGAAGAUAGUCAUGUUGCGGAUGUGAUGCCGAGAUGGGCUGUGAUUGGUUGGCUGUUGAUGUCUUGCAGGAAAGGCUGUGUCCAAGCAAACUUAAAGCUUGGGUUGUUUUACGAUUGGCUGUUUUUUGAUGAGGAUGACGUGAUGUGUGUCGAGCCAGCAAUUUUGUUGAUGAUUAACUCUAUUCCAAAGUAUAGUGAUAUCACCAAUACUCUUCUUGAGUUUCUCUUGAUUUUGAUUGACAAUUAUGAUGUAGAGAGGAAAGAUAUGAUAAUCAAAGGGGUGUUAAGUGCUAUCCAUGCGCUUAUUAGUAAAGGCGUUAUUAAAUCACUUGAUGUCUUGACUCACUCCGAUGUGGUCUCUCCCUUGCUAAGAGAAAUGCUAGGGAAAUUGUUGUCUUUCAUGGAAACUACCCGUUCCAAAGAGGUGCAAACAGUUGUUCUUCCACAAAAUACUACACCACCUGUCAUUUGACAUCUUUGUUGGCUAUGAGAGCGAGCGCCUGGGCUGGCUUAUUUUCAAGUGAAGUGGUUUUUACAGGAAAAUUCACCUGACCCUAUAUAAAGCAUUUGCCAGGAAAAUGGAUUAACAGUAAAAAACGCUUCUGUAUUGCUUAUUUAAGAAGGAAUCAUAUUAGGGUAGCUCUCCGGUACCUUCACUUUGGAGCAUGUUUUGGUGCAUUCAACAAAUGGCGUAACCUUAUUUGAUAUCAGUUCCAUGUCAGAUUAAAAAAAUAAUUGCAAAGUGAUCCUAAAACAAGUUGAUACUCCGUAUUUGUCAUCCGAAAAGUACUCGUAGUUUUCACUACCAUCAUCGUUUCUCUUCUUUCAUUCCCAUUUUCCCACUCUUAUGUAUGAUUUGCCACCCAAUCAUCUCCUUCGUUUCGAUCUUCGACGCCUCUUCGCAUCUGCAAACCUUAUCCCUUGGGAUUUAGCUGGCCGGUCCGCUAGGAGAUUGACUCAUUUUGGUCUGGAUAAAUUUGUUGAGGAGAUACUUGUGAAAGACAAUGUAUAAUCCAUGGAACUCCAGAAUCUCUUUGGGUUUGAUAUACUUUUGUAUGUUGUAAUGGUAAAUGGGAUCGGCAGUCCAGUUAUUGGAGGCCCGCCUACAGUUAACAGGUAUACAAACGACUGGAGGAGGUGGAGUCACAUGCUCUUAGAGAGUUAGAGCUAAAGUUUUGAUUAGCCUAUGCUCACAUACUGGUGGCCACAAGUAUGCUGGAAAUUGAAUGAUAUUUAGGCCUGAGCAGUAUACCUGAGAGCACACUUCUACAGAAGAGACAAUUCUUUCACCACACCGAGUCCAGAAGAGGAAGCUUUUGGUUUCUAGGUUCUUCCAUGAGUUUCCUGCAUGUGGUUGGGUUUGGUUUGAAGCUGGGGAGCCUACUAUUGACACCAUGCUACAGGGCUAUAACACUGAUUUCCUUGAAUUGUUAGUUGAGUAAUAGUGGUGGAGUCAUAACCACCAAUUCCUUACAAACUCUUAUCUUUCAAUUGUUGGAUGAUGCAUUUGUAUUAUCUUGUUAAGUACUUUGGUUUAAUGUUGUUUUCAUGGUCAAACGUACAUUUCAGUUAUACUUUGUGACUCAUGAGCAUAAAUAAUUGGAAUAAUUGGGAAACUUUAGGGCCAAAUAAUUUGGGUCGCAUUAAAAUUCAGAUGUGAAUAUAUAUGAGUGUUUAGUAACA